CCCGAUUCAAGAGCCGAAUGGCUCACAGGGCUAUACCAAAUAAAUGAAACUGAAAGAGAGGGAGCAAUGGAAUAAAAUCUAAAUAAAUUUAAACUCAAACCCCGCUCUCUGACGUCACAACUCUGCAUUACCUCAUCGGCGUGAGACGCGAGGGGGAGGUGUAACGCGCUAGUGACGUCAUGUCACCAAGGUAUUCACGCACCCCCCCAACCCCCCUCCACCGCGAGUUCACUCACUUAUGGGCCUAGUUCAUUAACAUAAUUUAUUAACUUGCACCGCCGCACAUUUGGUAUGGGAGUGUGUUGUACCGCUCUAGUGACGUCAUGUCACCUCCUGCUGCCGCGUGACGUCACGAGAUACCAGGAAGCUGCCGAUCCGCGCGCCUGCGCUCACUGAGAUUUGAGGGAAACAAAUCCUGAGGAUCCUGAGGAAAGUCCACGCGACCACGAGGAGAGAGACACGCAAACUCCAAAUAUACAUCCUUAAUACAGCAGAAUUGGUCUGAUGGAGCAAAGACACUCGGCGCAGCCCGGUUCAAAAAGACAACAAUGGGACCAGGAUGCAAACAGCAUGGAUUGUACUGGAAGUGUGACACGGCACCAGAGAACUCACACAGGAGAGAAACCCUUCAAGUGCACUGUGUGUGAGAAGGCAUUUUCAGAUUCAUCUGCCCUUAAAAGACACCAGAGAACACAUACAGGAGAGAAACCUUUCAAAUGCACUGUGUGUGAGAAGGCAUUUACAGAGUCGUCAUAUCUUAAAAUACACCAGAGAACACACACAGGAGAGAAACCCUUCAAGUGCACUGUGUGCGGGAAGGCGUUUUCACGGUCAUCAAUUCUACACAAGCACCAGAGAGAACAUACAGGAGAUGAACCCUUCAAGUGCACUGUGUGUGAGAAGGCAUUUGCAUGGUCAUCAGGUCUUCAAAAACACCAGAGAACACACACGGGAGAGAAACACUUCAGGUGUAGUGUGUGUGGGAAGGCAUUUUCAAAUUCAUCUGUUCUUAAGAAACACCAGAGAACACACACGGGAGAGAAACCCUUCAGGUGUAGUGUGUGUGGGAAGGCAUUUUCAGAUUCAUAUGUUCUUAAAAAACACCAGAGAACACACACGGGAGAGAAACCGUUCAGGUGUAGUGUGUGUGGGAAGGCAUUUUCAUAUUCAUCCGCCCUUAAAACACAUCAGAAAAUACACACGGGAGAGAAACCUUUCAAAUGCACUGUCUGUGAGAAGGCAUUUGCAGAGUCAUCAGUUCUUCAGAUCCACCAGAGAACACACACAGGAGAGAAACCCUUCAAGUGCAGUGUGUGUGAGAAGGCAUUUGCACGGUCAUCAAAUCUUAAAACACACCUUAAAAUACACACGGGAGAGAAACCUUUCAAGUGCACUGUCUGUGAGAAGGCAUUUGCAGAAUCAUCAGUUCUUCAGAGGCACCAGAGAACACACACAGGAGAGAAGCCCUUCAAAUGCACUGUCUGUGACAAGGCAUUUGCAUGGUUAUCAUGUCUUCAGAUCCACCAGAGAUCACACAUGGAAGGGAAACAUUUAAAGUGCAGUUUGUGUAAGAAGACAUUUUCAAGUUCAUUUUGUUUUAAAAUGCACCAGAGAACACACACAGGAGAGAACCCCUUCAGGUGCACUCUGUGCGGGAAGCCCUGUGCAGAUUCAUCACAUCUUAAAAAACACCGGAGAACACACACAGGAGAGAAACCCUUCCGGUGCACUCUGUGCGGGAAGCCCUUUGCAGAUUCAUCACAACUUAAAAAACACCGGAGAACACACACAGGAGAGAAACCCUUCAGGUGCACUCUGUGCGGGAAGCCCUUUGCAGAUUCAUCACAACUUAAAAUACAUCAGAGAACGCACACAGGAGAGAAACCCUUCAAGUGCCCUGUCUGUGAGAAGGCAUUUGCAUGGUCAUCAGGUCUUCAGAUCCACCAGAAAACACACACAGGAGAGAAACCCUUCACAUGCAGUUUGUGUGGGAAGGUAUUUUCAGGUUCAUAUCCUCUUAAACGGCACCAGAGGACACACAUGGGAGGGAAACCCUUCAGGUGCCUUUUGUGCGAUAAAGCGUUUGCAAAGUCAUCAGAUCUUAAAAAACACCAAAGAACACACACAGGAGAGAAACCCUUCAAGUGCACUGUGUGCGGAAAGGCGUUCACACGGUCAUCAUAUCUUCAAAGGCACCAGAGAACACACACAGGAGAGAAACCCUUCAAGUGCAGUGUGUGUGGGAAGGCAUUUUCAGAUUCAUCAAAUCUUAAAAUACAACAGGGAAAACACACAGGAGAGAAACCCUUCAAGUGCAGUGUGUGUGAGAAGGCAUUUGCACAGUCAUCAGUUCUUCGUCGACACCAGAGAACACCCAGGCAUCAGAAGAUCCCCACGGAGUGUAGUCUGAAAUCGACUUGUGAAAGUCAAAGUGCUGCAAUGAGCCCAUCCCUCCUGAAAAAAGAACCAGAACUGAAUUCCAGCUUGGACACUAUGAAAUGUUUCAAGGUGAAAUUUGAAGAGGUGACAGUGAAGAGCGAAGAAGUGAAGGUAAAAUGUGAAGAAGUGAAGGUAAAAUGUGAAGAAGUGAUGAAGAGCGAAGAAGUGAUGGUAAAAUGUGAAGAUGAAGAUGCAACUCCAAAAUUGGACCUUCACAUCGAUGGAGCAGACGAGCUGCAAGCGGUGUCUGGCGACGGGAUGAUCGCGCACAUCAAUGGAGACGUAGCCGGACCCAUCAUCCCUGCCAGCACGGGCACCACCGACAGCGUGACCAGCGUGCCGACUCGGCAACCACCCCAGCGGUGGAGAGAGAUUGACGAAGCAGCCCAGAGCAUCAUGUGUUCAACACACGCAGACCCAGCGCCCCUCCUGGGGGCUUGA